UGAAUAGAAUCAGUGGCUGUGGCCUUCCUCUCCUUCAACCUUGGUCUAACCCAAUUUUAACAAUUAGUUUCCAAACAGAGCCAAGAAAUUAUGACAGCAGCAUACUGUCCGACGUUCUGGCCCACCACCACCACCACAACGAUUUUUUUUUUUCCAAAUUCUGCCAACUUUGCCCUAGCCACCAUCUCCUCCACCGCCAUUCGUAUUUCCCUCCACUGUCCACCGCUAGUUCCUCGGGGAUUACACGGAAAGAGGUAUUAGAGAGGGGGGAAUUGCAGAGAGAUCGGGGACAGAGAGAGGGACUCAUCGGCGGCGGGCUAAACAAAAGGAACGAUAAAAAACAAAAGAAUGAUGUAAAACGAGGUCGUUCCGGGUUGAAGAACGGGUACAGUAAGACCCGAUUACAGCAGAGGAUCCAACGCACCAAAAAAAACCCUCUUGCUCUCUCUCUCUUUAAUUUUCACCUGCAAGGACCCUCUCGUCUCCCUCUCUUCUCAUUUUCAUCAGCAACAACCGGCAAUUUGGGGCGAUUUUCGGCGACGACGGGCGGCUUGGCAACAACUGCUGCCAUGGAACUUUGCUGAGGGUUUUGACACUAUAAAUUUCAUAUUUGCCUCCGAUUCCUGGGUCAUUAUCUCUGUCUCUCUGUGAGGUGGUGAGACAUGAAUCUGAAGCACCUUUUUUCUAGAAAGACAGUCAACAUUAUUUCAAGACUUGAUGGAAGAAUUAUCUCUCCAUACUCCUAUAUUUAUAGAAAUGCAUCCACCAUUACUACUUCCAUAUCCCCAUCCUUCUAUUCACCAAAGGGUCAUCAUGACUCUACUCUCUUCCAAAGCCCGAAAUUCCCAAAACCCACUCCAUCCUUCAACAGAUACAUCCACUCUAAGCAAAAAACUAAACUGAGUGGAUCCAGCAAUGAUCCAGUCCUUGAUUCAGAUGAUUCGGAAGAGGAUGGAAACAUGAACGAGUUCUUGUCGCGAUUUGUCUGGAUAAUGCGUGGGAAGCUCUCUGAAGUCUACUCUGAUUGUGACAAGCAGACAAUUGAUGGCAUGCUUUUAAUCAUUGUUGGAAAGGUUGUGUCGGAAAUGGAGAAGGGUGACCUUGAGCAGAUGCUUGGUGCGGCGGGGAUUACUCCAUCAGAUGAUGUUUUCAGUGAGGAUUUGUGGAGAACAGUCUGGGAGGUUAGCAAUCUGGUCUUGGAUGACAUGAAGAAGGCUAAGAAGAAGGAUAAAAUGAAGGGGUUUCUUCAAUCUGAAGAGGUUAAGGAGAUGUGUAGAUUUGCUGGUGAAGUAGGUAUUCGCGGGGAUAUGCUGAGAGAGCUCAGGUUCAAAUGGGCUCGGGAGAAAAUGGAGGAGAGGGAGUUUUAUGACAAUCUGCAGCGUCUCCGAGAAGAAGAUGUCCAGGCUCAAAAAGAAGAGGGUCAAACAAUGUGUAAGAAAUCUGAAACCAUGGGUGAGGAGGCCGUUGGAAAUCAUUUGGGUACGUUUGAAGAGAAACAGAAGGUUAUUACUCUCCCCAAGAGAUGUGGGAAGAUAAAGUAUAAGAUUUAUGGCCUUGAUCUGUCUGACCUGAAGUGGGCUGAAGUGGCUGAUAAAAUACAUGAGAGAGGGGAGAUUCUUUGGCCUCAGGAACCUAAAACAAUAUCUGGAAGAUGCAAAUUGGUUACUGAGAGAAUCCUUUCAUUAAAGGAGGAGGAUGAUUAUUCUCCUUUGUUAGCUGAAUGGGUAGAGCUUCUCCAGCCUAGCAGGAUCGACUGGAUUGCUUUGCUUGAUAAGUUGAAAGAACAAAAUACUCAAUUAUAUUUUAAGGUUGCAGAACAUGCCCUGGCGGAAGAAUCUUUCCAAACUGACAUUCGUGAUUAUACAAUGCUCAUUGAUGCCCAUGCUAAAGCGAACCGCUUGGAAGAUGCUGAGAGGAUUCUUGUGAAAAUGAAAGAAAUUGCAAUCCUGCCUGAUAUUCUAACAUACUCUGCAUUGGUUCACAUGUACAGCAAGGCAGGCAACAUUGACCGUGCGAAAGAGGCAUUUGAAAACUUGAGGAGCCAAGGCUUCCGACCAGACACGAAGCUUUACAACUCAAUGAUCAUGGCAUAUGUAAGUGCUGGGCAAUCCAAGUUGGGUGAGUCAUUGAUAAGAGAGAUGGAGACUAGGGAUAUGAAACCCACUGAGGAAAUUUACAUGGCAUUGCUCAGGUCAUAUGCCAAGCAGGGUGAUGUCUCUGGAGCCCAACGAAUUGCUUACACUAUGCAGUUUGCAGGGUUACAAGAUAAUUUGGAGUCUUGUACAUUGCUUAUUGAGGCAUAUGGGCAAGCCGGUGACCCAGAUCAGGCAAGGAGCCAGUUUGACAGAAUGAUUACAUCUGGAUUGAGGGCCGAUGACCGCUGCAUUGCUAGCAUGACUGCAGCUUAUGAGAAGAAGAAUUUAUUGGAUAAGGCCUUAAAUCUUUUACUGCAGCUUGAAAAGGAUGGGUGCGAGCCCGGGGUUGCAACUUACAGCGUUUUGGUGGAUUGGUUGGGUAAGUUGCAGCUAAUUGAUGAAGCUGAACAAGUAUUGGGCAAGAUUGCUGAGCAGGGUGACCCUCCUCCUUUUAAGGUUCAUAUAAGCCUUUGUGAAAUGUACUCGAGAGCUGGGGCUGAGAAGAAGGCUCUUCAAGCCCUAGGGGUUGUUGAGGCUAAGAAGGAGCUUUUGGGGGCACAGGACUUUGAGAGGAUUAUAAAGGGGCUUGUAGCUGGUGGGUUUGAACAGGAUGCUCAAAGGGUACAUGGGGUGAUGGAGACCCAGGGAUUUGUAGCAUCACAGCCUCUUAAGAUGUCUUUGCAGUCAUCUCAAGCCUUUAAAACAAUCAAGAGACGUCAAUGAAAUAGUUUUUUAAUCAUUGAGGAACACUGACACACUGUGACUGGCCAAAGAAGUGAACUGAGCUCUUCAGCAUAUUAUUUUCAGAAUCUCUCCAUGUCACAGUGUUUCACCAUGAUUCUCCUGCUCCUAACAGUGUUACAUAUCUCUGCAAGGUGAAACCAUCAUGUCCUGUUUUCAUUAUGAACUAAGAGUGGUAGGUCGUCAAGUUUUAUUUUUCUCUUCAAUUCAAAUGUUAAUGCAGAAGAUGUUUGAUAUACAUUUACCUCUUCUUUAUUCUAGGGCAUAUACUUGCAUAUUCCUAAGUUUUAAUCUCUUUAUGAAUCGUGCCUAUGAAGAUGCGGUCAUUAUUUAUUUGCAAGUUGUACUGGUUUUUCAACCAUAACUAAGUAUUUGGCCUUGUUUGCUGUUAAUGACUUUUCAACCUUUGCUGUAUGUCAAAA